AUGGCAUUGGGUUUGGGUCGGGGAUGGGAUGAGGAUGGGAUUGAGGGGGGUGGAUGGGCUGGUGGUUUUGGGGCUGGGAAGGAUGGGAGCAGAGCUGGGAGUUGGGAUGGGGCCAGGAAGGGCCGAUGGCGACGGAGCCGGGCUGCGGCGCUGCCAAAAACAGCAGCGGCUGCGGCUUUGGUGCAGGUGAGCGCCAGCGGCAGCGUGGUGCGCAGCGAGGUGGUGGGCAGCAUCCGCCUGAAGGUCUUCCUCUCGGGGAUGCCCGAACUGCGCCUCGGCCUCAACGACCGCGUCCUCUUCGAGCUGACGGGCAGGGGCACCAACAAAUCGGUGGAGCUGGAGGACGUGAAGUUCCACCAAUGCGUGCGGCUCUCGCGCUUUGACAACGACCGCACCAUCUCCUUCAUCCCCCCCGACGGCGACUUCGAGCUGAUGUCGUACCGCCUCAGCACCGCUGCCAAGCCGCUCAUCUGGAUCGAGUCCGUCAUCGAGCGCUUCUCACACAGCCGCCUCGAGAUCCUCGUCAAGGCCAAGGGGCAGUUCAAGAAGCAGUCGGUGGCCACCGGCGUGGAGAUCGCGGUGCCGGUGCCCAGCGACGCCGACUCGCCGCGGUUCAAGGCCAGCGCCGGCGCUGCCCGCUACGUCCCCGAGAGGAACGUCGUCAUCUGGGCCAUCAAAUCCUUCCCAGGCGGGAAGGAGCACACGCUGCGGGCACACCUGGGGCUGCCCAGCGUGGAGAAGGAGGAGGACGAGGGGCGGCCGCCCAUCGCGGUGCGCUUCGAGAUCCCCUACUUCACCGUGUCCGGCAUCCAGAUUACCAGCUGCGCACCGCCUGAGGACCCCGGGAGCCCCGCCGUGGGCCACAACCCCACGGACCCCCCACGGGCCCCCCCCGGACCCCCACCCUCGCAGGGUUUCCCCAUAAAGCCCACAGCUGUGACCGCGCUGUUCCCGCCCUUUUGUUCGGGUUUCAUUUUGGGGGGGGGGGCGAUGAUUCCCGCGCGAUGUUUCGAAUCCCGAAUCCCGCCCCCCUCCACCCCCCCCAAGCACCGCAGCCAAUCAGCCUCUGGAGGGGAUGGGGCCCAACGCGUGGCCGCUUUAAGAGAGGCGGGGAGCGGAAGUGAGGCGCAGCGGAAGUGACGUAGAGGAAGUGAGACGCAAAGGGGCGGGGGAAAAUGGCGGCGCCGGAGCUGCGCGUGAACGCGGCUUUCGCCCAACGCUACGCGCGGUACCGACGGCGCGAGGAACUGCAGCGGCUGCAGGACCGCUAUGGGGACACCGCGGACAGCGACAGCGACACCGACAGCGACAGCGACAGCAGCGGGGGGG